AUGACGUGCCAAAACCUGUACUUCGCUUUUCCGCCACACUUCCGCGCAGGCCAGGUGGGAAAGCGCCCUGCACUGACAACGCAAAAUCACACACUCAUUUGCAAGAUCUUCAUCCUCGGUCAGACAAAACAUACAGUGGAUAUUGUCGACCUCUUCACUCAAGCUGAGCUUCCGAAGCGUCGAGUCUUAGACAUCCGCCCAGAUGUUAGCGACCGAUGUCAGGAUAGCUGGUCGAGCCGGUGA